UGUCAAUUUUCAAUCGAGAAUCAGUAAUGUCAUUUCGUUUUGAUUACUAGAUUUUAGGUUAUGUUGAUCUUUUCUCGUUACUAAAUAAAUAUAUUUUCACAAAAAUAAUGGCAGUUCUUAAGAGUUUCAUACUACGUAAUAUAUUCUUGACUACACAUCGAGCAAUAGUAUCAACGAUACGACCAUCUUCAAGCGCACCAGCAGUUGAAGACGACGAUGCACCAGUCGAAAUAGAAAAUCCGUUUAAAAAAGAAAAAGUUCAAUGCAUUCUUUGCAAAUUGAAUAUAGUACCAGAUUAUAAGAAUUACCGCCUUUUAUCUCAAUUUCAAAGUCCAUACACCGGAAGAAUUUACGGAAGACACAUAACUGGCUUAUGUAAAACAAAACAAACCUUAGUUGAAGCAGAAAUCAGGAAAGCACAGAAUUGUGGUUACAUGCCCUAUUAUUAUAAAGAUAAAACUUUUCUGAAGGAUCCCAAGUUAUUCGACCCUGAAAAUCCGAUUCGCUCUCAUAGAUUCUAAAGUUAUUAGAUAGAUUUAAGUAGUUUAGUAUACAUACAUUGUAAAAUAAAUAUAAAAUGAAAUUCUGAACAUGUA